AUGAAUUAGAUUAUCCUAUUCUUAUUUACUGUUUGUUUUGCUACUUCAGAUAUUUGGAAUAUUAGAUUGCCAUCCUAGACCAAGUUAUUAUAAAAAUUAAAAGAAAAUCAAAAUGAUAGAAAAUUGGAGGAUGUUAAUAACUCAUGGGAACCUAUAAGAAUACAUUUUGAAUUCUUGGAGUCUCCACCUUCAGAUAUCUAAUAAUAAACUAAUACUGUAUUAGAUAUAGUUAAGACAUUUUUUGGAAGACAUUUAUUAGUGAAACGACAAACAGGAAAUUUAUUAUGGAAAUCUAGUUAUGAAACUGAUUGGGAAUUACUUAUUAUACCUGUUUCACUUCAAAAAAGUUAUGAUGCUGAUUUGGUAAAUAUAAAGAAUAUCAUUAGGUAUUCUUUGUUACUUAAGAGAAUAAUGAAUAAGUAGAAUAUAUUGCAAGAGCAGCACCUGUUAUCUUUGAUGAAACUACAGGAAGACCAAUAUUUGGAAUUAUGCAAAUGAAUAAUUAUUACAUGAAAGAAUUUUAAGUAUAAAUAAUGUUAAAUUUUAAAGGGUACAAAUGCAAAAUUUGAGGCAGCUGUUUUAAUUGUACUACAUGAAUCUAUUCAUGGUUUAGGGUUCACUGAUAAUCUUUAUUCAAACUAUUAUAAUAGUACUACUAAUGAGAAAUACAACUUCAAAGUUUAUUAAAGAGUGAAUUAACAAAUUGAUUUACCAACUCCAAAAUUGACUCAAUUAGCAGAAAAUCAUUUUGGAUGCUCUAAAUUAUUGGGAGGAACUGUAUUAAUUUGAAUUAAUUAUUAGAUGGAAGAUCAAAAAGGAGGAGGAACUGCAGGAUCACAUUUUGAAAGAUCAAUCUUUUAUAAUGAAUUAAUGACAGGUGCUAUGAUGACUGGAAAUUCUCUAUUUACUGAAUUUACAUUUGCUUUAUUAGAAGAUUCAGGGUAUAUAUUUAAUAUAAAUUUAGAUUUUAUCGAGUAACUAAACAUGUUGCUGAUGUAUAAUUAUGGGGAAAGGAUAAAGGAUGUGAUUUUUAUAAGAACUAAUGUUAUUCCAAUUUACAAUAUAAAGAAUUUUGUACAGAUCCAUACAAUGAGAAUGACGAAUCUGAUGACCCUUUAAAACAUCUAUCCUGUUCAUAUACACACACAGGAAUAGGAGUUUGCUUAAAUGAUGGACUUGUAGAAUGUCCUUAUUAUUAUGUGAUACCAGAUUUAGAUUGCAGAGAUGCAGAUAAUUAUGAUGAAACUUUAUUUUCAGGAACUAACUUUCAUUUUGGAUUUGAUAGUAUGUGUAUUUAAGGUGGUUUUGUAAGUAAAACAAGAGCUGUAUAUGAUAUUGGAUACAGUUGUUAUAAAUAUUCUUGUGAUGAGAAUUAUAGGUUAACUAUCAUUGUUGAUGGAGUGGAAUAUGAUUGUAGUGUUGGAGGUUCAUCUCCAAGUUAUGACACUAAUAAAUAUAAGUCAGGCAUUAUUUGUCCAGAUAAUCCUAAGGAUCUAUGUUAAUCAGUUAGUGAAUGUCCAAAUUAGUGUAAUAAGAAAGGAUAUUGUUUAGGAGGAUUGGUAAAUAUAUUAAAUUUGAAUAUAUUAGUGCACAUGUAUAGCUGGUUAUGCAGGAAGAGCAUGUGAGAAAACAUGUAAUACUUAUAGAAAUGGUAUUGAAUGUGUUGAGACUUGUCCAACAAAUACAUUUGCAGAUGAUUUUACUAAAUAUUGUAUAGGUUGUCCUGCAAAUUGUGAUACAUGUUCAGCUAAAGAUGUAUGUACCUUAUGUGAAGAUUCAUAUUAAUUGGUAGAAGGAUUCUGUUAACCAUUACCAACCUAUUAAUUAAUUUUAGUAACUAGUAUCAUAGCUUUGUUUUUAGCUAUUUGA